AUGAGAGCUGCCAUCUCUCCAGGGUAUUUGUUGAUGAAAUUCCCCACUCCUCAUGGGGUCGGACAAGUAAGGGGUAAUCAGAAACAAGCCAGGGUAUGUUAUGUGAGCUCCACGCGGGGUGCAACGAAAAAAGGAAAAGCGUUGACUGAAGAGACCUUGUUGAUUGGCGAGCAAACUCUCGAGGCCAACAAACCUCAGCCGGUAGAGUCGCUUGAAGCAAUCCCUCUAAAUCCUGGCGAUGAAGGCCGGCAAGUACGCGUGGGAAGUCAACUAGCGAGUCAAGAGAAAGUAGAAAUUAUCAAAUGUUUGCGCUCUUAUGCAGACAUAUUCGCCUGGACGCCACCCGACAUGCCUGGGAUUAGCCCAGACAUUAUGACCCAUUGCCUGAAUGUGCAAUCAGAAGUUCGGUCAGUCAAGCAGAAGAAAAGACACGUCGCCCCAAAAAGACUGAGACAUAUGGAGGAAGAAGUGGACAAGCUCUUGGAAGCAGGAUUUACCAGGGAGGUUCAAUACCCCGAAUGGCUGGCAAAUGUUGUAAUGGUACCAAAGGCCAACGGAAAAUGGCCGAUGUGCAUUGACUUUACCAAUUUGAACAAGGCCUGCCCUAAAGAUUCCUACCCGCUCCCCCUGAAUAGACAGGCUGGUAAUGCCCUUCGGCUUAAAGAAUGCAGGGGUCAUAUAUCAAAGGAUGGUCAACAAAAUGUUGAAAGAAUUAUUAGGGGGGUGAUGGAGGCAUACGUGGACGACAUGAUAGUGAAGAGCAGGCAAGGUGAGUCUCAUUCCAGUCAACUUGAGAAAGUCUUCGCGAUAUUUAGAAAAAAUAACAUGCGCCUGAACCCGGAUAAAUGUACGUUCGGAGUAAAGUCGGGAAAAUUUCUUGGAUAUAUGAUCACUCAUAGAGGGAUAGAGGCCAACCCUGAAAAAGUGCAAGUGGUAAUUGACAUGCAGUCCCCAUCAUCUGUAAAAGAAGUUCAGAGAUUGAACGAUCGAUUGACGGCCUUGGGCAGAUUCCUCUCCAAGCAAGUUGAGCACAGCCUCCCUUUCUGCAAAGCUUUAAAGAGAGGCAAGAGCUUUCAGUGGACUCCUGAGUGCGAAAAAGCUUUCCAAGAGUUAAAAGCAUAUCUAAAGGAGAUUCCUCUAUUGACACGGCCGGAAGUCGGAGAAAAAUUAUGCCUAUACCUUGGGAUCAGCCAUCAGGCGAUUCUACAAAGGCCAGAGUGUUCAGGAAGACUGACUAAGUGGGCAGUUGAGCUCAGCGAAUACGAUAUCAGCUUCGAGCCUAGGAAGGCAAUAAAAGGGCAAGCGUUGGCGAACUUCAUAGUGGAGUGCACUCACUCACAUGCGGCAGAAAAAGCUUGCCCAGAAGCAUGGAUGUUGUUUGUGGACGGGGCAUCUAACGCCAAAGGAAGUGGGACGGGGGUUGUAUUAAUCUCCCCCGAAAAAGAGAUGUUGGAGUACUCCCUACACUUCAUCUUCCCUAGCUCGAACAAUACAACGGAAUAUGAAGCAUUGUUAGCUGGAAUGAAGUUGGCAGAAAAAUUGGAGGCGAAAAACUUGACGGCCCAUAGCGACUCGCAAUUAGUGGUACAACAGUUCCAAGGCACUUUUGAAGUAAAGGAACCACUAUUGGCCCGUUAUUUACAGAAGGUGAAGGAGCUCGCUCCUAGAUUCGAACGCUUUGAACUCAUACAGAUCAAUAGGUCUCUUAACCAGCACGCUGACGCACUGUCCAAACUGGCCUCCGCUCGAGACACCUCCGGACAAUUGAUUCACAUGGAGGUCCUACAACGACCGAGUGUGGAAACAAGUGAAGAGGGUGUUCAUUGCGUUGAUAUAGUUGACGAUUGGAGAACGCCGAUACUGAAAUAUCUGCUUAAUCAGGAGCUUCCAGUGGCGCCCUCGGAGGCAAGAAGGCUGAAGACCAAGGCAGCCCGCUUUACAAUCAUCGGCCAAGAGCUGUAUAAGAGAGGGUAUUCAGUACCGUUACUCAAGUGCUUGGGGACAUGGGAGGCAGAUCAGGCCCUGGAAGAAGUUCACGAGGGAGACUGCGGUGAGCAUCUCGGUGCCAGAGCGUUGGCUGGGAAAGUCCUACGAGCAGGUUUCUUUUAG